UCCAUUUAGUUGGGAAAUAGUUGAAUUGGUAUAACAAAAACACACUCAGAAUUCCUUGAUUUGAGUGUUGUUGAAAAGUAAAUUAGCGAUGGACAUCAAACUAUUCACGGCGUGUUUAUUGGUCGUAGUCUCCUACGCUGCUGCAAAAAGUACACAUCUGUACAAAAGGGAAGCUAACCCCUGUGGCGGAGGAUGCUCUGGCACUUGUGCUCCUGCCUGUUCACAUACGUGUUGCCACCCAGCACCACCCCCACCUCCCCCACCACUCCCACCACCACCAGUUCUACCACCACCACCACCUGGUCCUCCAGGUCUUGACGGUCCCAUGGGCCUGCCCGGGCCAAUGGGGCCUGACGGUCCAAAAGGUCCACUCGGUCUCCCAGGUCCACCCGGCCCGGCAGGACCACCAGGUCAAGCAGGUGCGCCAGCAGGUCCACCCGGAAGAGACGGUCCGCCAGGUCCUCCUGGACCAUCUGGACAUCAAGGUCCCCCAGGUGAUCCAGGUUUAAUGGGUCCACUUGGACCUCCUGGUCCCCCAGGUAACCCAGCACCACCAGGACCACCACCACCUUGCCCGCCUGUCUGUGCACACACCUGUAUCAGAGCUUGCCCACAACCAUGUUGUCACGGCCGCUAGGCGAAAAAUGGAAACGAAAUAGGACCAGGACUAUGAAUAUAACAAUGUACUUGACGUUUUUGAUAAAAAAAAUCGGUAUAUUUAUACACUACCAAUUCAAGAUUAUUUAUAUUAUAGUUAAAUUUUUCUGUAGACCAAAUUAGAAAGAAUCUGUAUUUAUUAGAUGUUUGAUGAAUAUACCAUCAAUUUUGCUUUGAA